CUGACUCAAAAAUGUUUUACUUUUGCCGUGUAUAGAUAAAUCAUGGCAGGGAUGACAGGGAAUGAAGGAACCCACAAAUUUUCCAGUGAGAUCCAGAGGCCGGGUCUACAGCCACAGCAUGACACGGGCCGGAGGGGAAUAGUGAUCCAGCUGACGGACACCGAGGGUGAAUGGGACAAUCUUGAUGACAAUGACCUCAUAUUCACCUUGGACUGUGAUGGCAAAAAGUCACUCAGCUCCCUCCGUAACCAAAGACCAUGUUCGGUCGACAUUCAGACAGAGGGGGAGUGGGGUCUCAGCUCACCCGCAUUCAAUGUUCCUCUCUCUCCACCUUCAUCAGGCUCCCUGGGAGACUCUUUUCUUCCGGGGACUGGCUUCCUCUCGCCUUCUCACCGGCCCUUGGCCAGCUUAGUGAAGUCAUUAUCUACAGAACUGGAACUGAAAGAGUCUUCUUUAAAGCCCAAACCACUCCUUAGCCUUGUAAAGUCGAUUUCCACCGAGCUUUCUCGCAGUGAGCCUGAAGUGUCUCAAUCCAGGUCUGAUUCCAAGCUCAAUCUGCACUUGUGGACGCAAUUCACCCAGCCCAAAAGUCGCAAUGGUGACUCCCGCACCGCCCCUCCUUCUCCGGUCAACCUGUCCCCCACUGAGCCCAAAGCAAGCUUCUUUAAAAUGGAGCUGGAGGACACCCGACGCAAGCUCUCAGAGGCCAUGCAGGAACCUCUGAGCAUGUUCAGUAAGAUCAUGCGUGAGGACAGUGUUGGCAGCCCCAAGCACCAAAGGAGCACAGGAUCGAUGGACUCUCCAAGCUACAAAAACGUCGGAAUCGGGAAAUCGAACACUGAUUUGACUGUUUCCGAAUCUCCGAAACGUGCUAGGAAAGUAGAAAGUGAGGUUCUACCGGAGUGCAACUGGCCUGUGAGACAUCGUAAACGGUGUAUGCAGAAGUCCUCCCUCUCCCAUGACCACCAUAGCACACAGAUAGACAUUGGACCUGUGAUGGAGACCAGCAUUAACAAAACUGAUCAAGGUUUGACAAAGCAAUGCUCCUCUCCAGUGCCAGGAGUGGCUCUUGGUUAUAUUGCAUUAGUGUCAUACUGCUAUUUUAUCAUUCCUUUGUCAGCGUAUUGGUCUGGCCUGUUCCUUGGUUUAGUGUUUGGAUUAAUUUUGGGGCUUGUGCUCAUCCAUUGGGGCUCCAUCAGAGACCUGUCCACCAGUCACCAACACAGACUACAUGGGACCCCCUAUAAUAACAUUCUCUUUGAAACCCUGCAGAGCAAUGUACCUUCCCUCAAGGGCUGGAUGAACGAGAUUUACAUAUAUGAUCCAGAGACUUAUCAGCCAUCUCUUAUGCACUCUGUGUAUGUCACAUUGGAUGGACCCUGUUUGCGGCUUGACUACCCACGGAACAACAUUCCCCGCUGGGCUGCCUUUGAUGAGCCCUGCUACGAAAAGCAAUUCACCCACUCACGGAUAUUUCGACUCACUGGCAGCAAGGUAUUUCUUCUGCCACUGGCUUUGGCACACAAGAGAGUGUGGAACAGGAAGUAUCCCAUCUGCAUACGUUUGGCUGAAGGAGAAGGAGCUGUGGAAGAAGACGAGACAGUAGAGGGUCUGGGCGAGGUUCAGAAAGUAGAGAAACCCCCUGGAUCUAUGACUAAUGUUUCCAUUCCUGUCACACUUUACCUCUUUGGACGAACGGGACGGGAGAAAGAGGAAUGGUUCCAUCGACUGUUUUCUGUGUCCAUUCAGAAUGAAGAGGACCAUUUUGAAUCUAUAUUUGGUGGUAAAGUUCAAAUCAUUUAUGAUGAA